CCCCACCGAGCCUUCCCUUUUGGAAGUUUCCUUCCUUCUUCAACUUAUUGUCUUCAGUCCAAGUUAGCCAUUAGGGUAGUACAGUCUUUGCACAUCGUACCCAUCCCUGGUUACGCCGUGACAACAAUGAACUUACCGUUUCAUCACAUACAGCAGCCAAAAGACCCUCUGCCGACACAGCCCCUCCUCAGGACUCAAACCCGCAUAAGUCGACUCAACAGGUCCCGAUUUUAUGGGGUCAAGUGUUGUCCUUAAGGGGUUUGGGAAUAUUGCUUUCCAAAAAGGCGAUUACAAAGAAGCGGAGAGACUCUACCGUCUAGCAUACCAGUCCGACAGUAGUACAAACGAAGAACAACGCUGUCUCAGCUUGCAAAGAUACACCAAGGACCAGAGAAGGUGCUUUUGGUCUUAACGUCUACUCGGGGUGGUAGAGGCAAGAUCCAAGGUGGACAGAGGUAGGCUAAGGCCCAGCUCUGGCACCCUUUUCUCCAAGAGUGAGCAUUGUGGCUCGGCGUUGUCGGGUUAGUAACCUCGCAUACCUCCACCCACCAUGAUGGGAAAUAUGGAGGGCAUCCAGACCAGACAAUCCCCUCUUGGCCAGGUGACCCUUCGAGCCUAAGUGUUUUAUCUUCGGUGCGGAGUUGUUCUUUUGAAGCUUCUGAUUGGCCGA